UUGCUGUUGUAUCUACUUCCAGUGGGGAACCAAGAUGGCCGAAGGAUGACAAUAUGCAGCUGUCAACUGGUGCAAACGAGUAACAUUUCAAAGAAAUUGGAGGGAAAAUGUCUCACGUACAGUAUGUAGACGAGUUGGUAAAGGAGUACUUGCUCUUCAGAGGUUUUAGUCAGACCCUGAAGGCUUUCGAUAAUGAUCUGAAAGCGGAAAAGGAAAAAGGAUUUAGGGUAGAUAAAAUAAUUGAUCAAUUAAUGCAAUAUAUAUAUAAUUAUGAUUUGACGUCGUUGAGAGAAUUAUGGGGACACUUGGAUACUAGAAUGUUUUGCCGACUGGAAAGCCAUUUUACGCCCGCGAUUAGAAAGUUGGAGAACGCUGUGCUAAAAAUGUACUUGGUGAACGCAGCCGUAAAUGGCAAGCAAGAUAGGAUACAAGAAUUUUUCACGAAAAUGGCACCAGAGCUACAGGGUCACUCGGAAUGGAAGGAAUGGUUCGCUCUUGCCUUUAUCAAAAAUCCCGAAGACAAUCCGGCUUACUCGGUCCAUUUUAGCAGGCAAUGGCACGACACCAUGUUGGUAUCUUUACAUAAUUUCCUAGCAACCAUCUUUCAAUGUAUGCCACAACCGACGUUACUCACAAUUGACGAAGACACGAACAAAUUAAAACGAUUGCAAGAGGAAAAUGAAACGUUGAGGCAACGGUUGAGUGAGUCUGUUAAAAUAGAAAGCAUAUCGGAUGUUAAUCCGGGCCCGGCACCCCAACAUCCCCCCAUCAUGGAUGAUUUUUACAUUAUUGCUCAAGAGUCGCCGUUACUGGAAAAUCCAAAAACACUGAGGAAUCUCAUAAGAAAUAUUGGCGGUGGGUCCAGUCCAAUCCUAAGCAGGAAGUCUGCAACAAAUAUAAAAAAAAAUGCGGAAUCUGAAAUGGUUUCGACCAAACGGACAAACACGAAAGGACGGGUGAAUUCGAUCAGUAAGUCCGAGGCAGUCGCCAAGAGGAGCAUCAGCUGUGAUUCAAGAUUAAAUAGUUCUAGGAAAAGAGACUCUUCUAUGGACACUGCUAUCGAGAGAAAAACUAAGGAAAAAAUAGAUUCCAGUUAUAUUCUUUUAAGUCAGGAGGAGUAUACAGAGCACAAAACCUCCAUAAUUCAAUGCAAAAGUAACGCAAGCGGAUCGUACGUCGCGACGGGCGACGCCGAUGGUGUCAUCAAAGUAUGGACGCCGAUUCCUUCACCAAAGACUGUUACUACGUUCACUUCCGUCACAGCAAAUUCUAACAAAGCUAUCACCUCGUUGGACUGGAUAUCGAAAAACGAACGUUAUUUCCUACACGGUGACAACAAUGGUUUAAUUCAAUUGCACGAUACGCGAGAUUGCAAAACGCUCUGGGAUAUCCAGCAUGAAAAUUCGCGAAUCGUCACUUUGAUCUGCAAUCCGACGGAAUCGACAUUCGUCUGUUCUGUAUCGGAUGGCAACGAGGGUAAAUUGUUGCUGUACGAUAUAAAAACGAGAAAGCUUGAGAGAACGUUGCCGCUGGAACAGAACGUCACUGCUUUAUGUUCUGCUUUCAAUCAUAAUGGCCAAUUACUUAUCACGGGAUUGUCUAAUGGCAAUAUACUGAUACAUGAUCUGAGGCGAAACGAGAUAAUAGACAAUCUCAACUGCCACUCUAGCCCAAUAAUCGACAUAGAAUUAAUUAACGAUUAUACGAACAUAUGCGCGCAAAGCGAGGACGGUAAGCUAUGCCAAAGGAGCUUGAAUCAUUUUGGAAAGAUCUUGUGGGAGACUAAAAUUAAGAUCGAGAAGAACCCCGUUCAUGGGAAAUUAUUUACUUUCGAUCAGAGCGGCAAUUAUAUGUUACUCUGCACACAAACUGGAGGAAAUAUAUACAAGAUGCCACCAGGUGCACAAGGAAAGAUUUUAGAGCUAGGCGGACACAAAGGUACUCUAUGUUGCGACUGGUCGACUGCCAAUCAAUCCGGAACUUGUAUAACCGGGGGUGCAGAAGGAAAAGCACGAGUAUCAACACUACUCUCACCAUGAUAUAGAAACAAAAUUAGCAUCUGUAUAAAUUCGUAAGACAAAUAGACAGUUACUGAUGAUAUUAGUUAAAGAUCUUGUGGAUAUUAUUUUAUUCACUGUACUAAAUUCUGUAAGUGAUUGUAGAAUGAGUACAUCAUGUUAGGUUUUAAGAGACUACACUGUAUCGCCAAAGCGUUGAUAAUUCGUGUAAAAGAAAAUAGAUUCAAAUAUUUUAUGAAAAGUAUAAUGUAUCACUGUAGCAGUAAUUACAAGCAGUAAUAUAACUAUAUUUUAUCUUUUGGAAAACAAUCAGGGACUACCAAAUGUAAAAUGUACAGAGAAUAUUGUAAUUAUUUUAAGGAGGAUCAUAAAUAUCUCUAUAAUUAUUAUUACAUGGUAACUUUACUCGGUUUUAUAAUAAAAAAUCGAUAAAAAAAAGAACGUGGUUUCGUGUGUAAAGUUAUGAUUUAGGAAAAUGAAACACAUGUACAAGAAAUCAAGAAAAUGUCAAUAAAUACGAGUCAAUUUUAGUGUU